UGGUUCUAGGUCAAGUAUCUGUAAAAUUUUGCUUUCUUACAUUAGAGGCAUUAUUUUGUCCAAUUUCUGUUAUUUGGUGUUGCAAAACAAAGUCAGACUAGAUUUGAUGUUUUUGUCAUCUGAUAAGCUUUAUGUGUUAAUCACUUGUUUAUGACACUAGAAAAAGAUUAUGAUGUCUCGUCGAGCAUCCUGAUCUGCAAAUAAAGUGUAGAACGUGUCAAACGCAGUUGCUGACGAACGGAACGAACUUAUUGGAGACUGACGGCAUCUGACGGAGUGAAGGUAUAGAUACAAAAUACAAAGGAGAAUGGCUGACAUCAAGCAAGAUCACAAGAACGAGGAUGGCGAGAAUUAUGUUGUUGCGAACAAUACAGACCCGAAGAAUAUGCAAGAAUUAACGCAAUACGUGCAGACGCUACUGCAGAAUAUGCAAGACAAGUUCCAAACGAUAUCUGAUCAGAUUAUAGGAAGAAUAGAUGAAAUGGGAAACAGAAUAGACGAUCUCGAGAAAAAUAUCGCCGAUCUAAUGACGCAAGCUGGAGUCGAAGGAACAGAUAAAUAACAACCACAAUAAUCCUAAACACUACAAUUAUUACGAAAUGCAUGCCAUAUAUAUUAUGGUAUAAGCACCAAAUGCAAUCGCUACGGAAUAUAAUAAUGCAAACUUUAUUUAUAUCAUAUAUCGUUCAUACUAUCUAAGAAUAGAUGCACCAAUCAAACCUGGCUGACAGUUAUUUAGGCUGUCAAGGUCAGUACGGACAAGAACCCAGUAAUAAAAUUAAGUGACGCGUCAGUGUCACGAAUCUAUAAAAGGAAGCGGCAUAUCAUUAUUUAUCAUUCCGAUAUACUGGUCUUGUCCAACAAAUUCACAUCUCUGCAUGAAGUUAGACCAAAUCUGAUAAAACUACCAGGGAACAUUAACACUAAACCUACUGACACUUCUUUAAAACCUAAUAACAUAAUACGUUUCAUUGUACUAUAUACGGAAUUAUAUUAAUUUACAUAGAAUUUUGGUUUUAAUAAAGUUCCUUUAUACGAGA